AUGAACUCCCCAACUCUCGUUCAUCUCUCCCUCUGGCCGCUUCGGGCCGCGGCAUUAAUCAUCCUUUGUCGGGCCGAAUCUUUCGGGCUCAACGCAGACAGAAUCCUAUUACUCACCUUCAAAUACAGCAUCCUAAAGGACCCAUUCCAAGUCCUUGAAAGUUGGAAAAACUACGACCAGACACCGUGCUCGUGGAACGGCGUCACCUGUGGCACCGUGUGCUUGGCCGAUGCUACUUUCCGGGUCACGGGCCUUUCUCUCCCGGACUCCGGGCUUUCGGGCUCUAUCCCGGCCACGCUGGGCUUGAUCGAGCACCUCACGAACCUUAACCUGUCGAACAAUUUAAUCAACGGCUCCUUACCUGCCACCAUAUUCCAUGCAGCCGAGCUUCAGACUCUCGAUAUCUCGAACAAUUUGAUCUCCGGCGAGCUGCCGGAGCUCGUGGGCAGACUGAAAAGCCUCCGGCUGCUAAAUCUUUCUUACAACGGUCUGUACGGCCGCCUGCCUCAGAGUCUUUCCGUCCUCCACAAUCUGACUGCUGUUUCGUUGAAGAAUAAUUACUUCACGGGCCCAAUUCCGAGCGGGUUCGAUUCGGUUCGGUUUCUGGACCUGUCCUCGAAUUUGAUCAACGGGUCGCUACCGGCGGAUUUCGGCGGCGGGAAUCUGUCGUACCUGAACGUCUCGUUCAACAGGUUAUCCGGCGAGAUUCCGCUGGAUUUCAGUAGGAGAAUCCCGGGAAACGCAACGUUGGAUCUUUCGUUCAAUAACCUCACGGGGCCGUUGAAGGCCCUCUCCCCGGCCCUGGCUCCGGUCACAUCCUCUUCCGCCGCUGCCACUCUGCCGAGCUCUGCCGUGCGACAGUCUCCUCCGGCCAUUCCGAAAACCUUUGGCUCCACAGGUGGCGCCGCUGGAAAUCGAAGAGUAUUCAGAAGGGUCGGGUUGAGGCUCGGGACAGUUAUCGGAAUCGUAGCCGGCGUUGGGAUCCUAGCGUCAUCCUCCGAUCAUGAGGGGCACGCGCACGGCCCGGAACAGAAAAGCAGGACACUUGUGACGGUUGAUGCGGAAAAGGAGUUGGAGCUGGAGACGUUGCUCAAGGCUUCAGCGUACAUUUUGGGCGCGUCGGGCUCCAGUAUCAUGUACAAAGCGGUGCUUGAAGAUGGCACCACACUGGCGGUGAGGCGCGUGGGUCAGAAUGGGUUGGAGAGGUUCGGGGAUUUUCAUAAUCAGGUUCGGGUUAUUGCCAAGUUGGUGCACCCGAACUUGGUUCGGAUCCGGGGAUUUUACUGGGGCACUGAUGAAAAGCUCAUUAUCUAUGAUUUUGUUUCUAAUGGCAGCCUUGCCAACGCGCGUUACAGAAAAGCCGGCUCCUCACCCUGCCACGUGUCCUGGGAAACCCGGCUCAAGAUAGCCCGGGGCGUGGCUCGCGGGCUUUCCUACAUCCACGAGAAGAAACACGUGCACGGCAACCUGAAGCCCAACAACAUACUGCUCGGCCCGGACAUGGAGCCCAAGAUCAGCGACUUCGGGCUCCAGCGCCUUGUCUCAUGCGACUACAACACCUCCCGGCCCGACGCCUGCUCGACCCACAAAUUCGACAGCAAGCGUUCCACACCGGGCCCAAGCGUGGUGGGCCCCUCCCCCUACCGCGCCCCAGAGUCCCUCGGCAGCCAAAAGCCCAGCCCCAAGUGGGACGUGUUCUCAUUUGGGGUCAUCCUGCUCGAGCUCCUCACCGGGAAAGUCCCGGGGUCGUUAGACGAGACAGCCGGGGCCCUGUCGGCUUCGUCGGAUGAGGAGAGACGGAGAGUGGUGAGGAUGGCUAAUGUGGCGAUCCGGUGGAAUGUGGAGGGGAAUGAGGAGGCCUUUAUGGGGCUGUUGAGAUUGGGGUAUGCGUGUGUAUCGCCCGUGCCGCAAAAGAGGCCGGCAAUGAGGGAGGUCCUACAUGCGCUCGAGAGGUUCCCGUCCUGUUUGUUUUCGACGCCGUCCGGGCUGUGA